GGAGUCGAUGAUAAUAUUCGUGCCGAUGGAAGAGGACGAUUAGAUUAUCGUCAAGUUUCUUUAGAAACUGGAGUUAUUUCACAAGCAAGUGGUAGUGCUAGGUGUAAACUUGGGGAAGGAACUGAUGUUUUGGUUGGAGUAAAAAUUGAGAUUGGUGCAAUAGAAAUUGAUGGCAACUAUGAACAGGUGAUGGAAAUUAAAUCAAAAAGAGGUAGAGUUGUUUGUAAUGUAGAAUGUUCACCAAUAGCAUCGCAACAAUUUGCAGGAAAAGGAGCAGAAGAUAUCAAUAACGAACUUACUCAAACAAUAGAACGAGUUUUUAAUGGACCACAGGGCGCCACAAAAACAUCAAUUGUUCACGAGCACAUCGAAAAUUCUGUUGAAAAGAGAGCUGAUUUAAAUAAAGAGAAAAAUGAAACUUUAAGGGAAAAAAGACAGAUCACAUCUUCCAUUGGUCAAAUUGCACAAGGUAUUAUGCCAAUUUUGAAUCCAAGAAAAGCUUCAAUCCUAAAACAACUCAAAGAUGAAGAAAUAUCAUUACAAAGAAAGGAAGAACAAAUUGAAAAAGACAAGAAAAAAUAUGUAAUGCCUCAUUCUAUACCUUUAGGAUAUGAUAGAUUUUAUAACAAGUAUUUUUAUUUUGAUGGUUUGGGUAUAACAGUUGGAGAAAAAUAUGGUACAGGUAAAAUUUGGGUACAAGUUCCCCAGGAACAAGAUUUGAGAAUGUUAACUGAUAGAGAUUUUAAUAGUUCACCAAUAGCAUCGCAACAAUUUGCAGGAAAAGGAGCAGAAGAUAUCAAUAACGAACUUACUCAAACAAUAGAACGAGUUUUUAAUGGACCACAGGGCGGUAUAAAUCUUGAGAAAUUAUGUAUUAUUCCAGGUCAACAAUGUUGGGUUGUUUAUAUUGAUGCCUUGGUUCUAGAUUAUGCAGGUAAUAUUUUAGAUACAAUUUUCAUAACUACACGUGCAGCACUUUAUAACGCGAGAGUGCCAAAGACUAUUAUUCAAGAUCAUGGAGAUGGUGAGUUUGAGUUUGAGAUAUCAGAUGAUGUUGAAGAAUGGGAAAGAAUAUAUGGAUGGGACAUGGUACCAGUUGGUGUUACUUUAAAUAGAAUUGGAACAAGACAUAUAGUUGAUGCUACACCUUUGGAAGAACUUGCAACAGAAGCAAAGCUAUUGACUGGAAGAACUGUAGGUUUAGAUUUAAUAAGUAGUUUGGAUUCUAUGCUUAAAAAUAAGUAA